GUUAAAACUAUUGAGUUCGUGAGGAGGAAACAGUUCGUCUACCCUUUUUUUUCUAGCACCAUGGAACGGUCAGGUGUCUAUAGGUUCAUCAGAGCAACAAUAUUUUUUCCGGUGUUUGUGGCUUGGACAUGUAGCCUCAAUUUCCUCUCCGGUGAGUACUACAGGUCGCCGGAAGAAAGCAGCUGUCGGCGUAUUCAAAGGGUUGAUACCAAAUCAGGCAGAAGCAGCGACUUCGACUGUUUCAGAAGUUCGUCGACAAUCGAGAAGGCAGUACAGGCUCCCUGAGUUCGAGCAUGUGAGGUCUUUUGACCAAGUGGACAAGUUUACUGAGACUUAUCGACGCGACGCCGAUAAAAGUAGAACUUCUCUGGAUGCAGCACUUAAGGAUGCACGUGGACGUUACCAUGGACCCUACAGAUAUCGCUACCGCCAAUAUCCGGAACCAACAAAUUAUCCCCCCUGGUAUUUCAACCACGCGGUAAUGGUCAGUAUCCCUACAGAUGCCGAAAUAAAAGAACCUCGCGGCCCA